AUGGCGACGGCGCUCAAAUCGUUCCUGAACAGCCCCGUCGGCCCCAAGACCACCCACUUCUGGGGCCCUGUCGCCAACUGGGGCUUCGUCAUCGCGGGUUUGGUUGACAUGAACAAGCCUCCUGAAAUGAUAUCUGGCAAUAUGACAGCAGCCAUGUGUGUGUAUUCUGUACUCUUCAUGAGGUUUGCAUGGAUGGUACAGCCCCGAAAUUAUUUGCUUCUGGCAUGCCAUGCUUCCAAUGAAAGCGUUCAGCUCUAUCAGUUAUCUCGCUGGGCUAGGGCUCAGGGGUACCUGGAGAAGAAAGAGUCAGAGGCCCAACAGUAA